UCCAUCGACUCUUCCCUCGUCAAUCCUCAUCCUUCUUCUUCGGGCAUUUUCCGCAAACCAGUCGCGAGCCGCAACGUGCAGGUCUGCUUCGUCAGAAGUCCCAGUUGGGCGAGAAUAAUAGUAAUAAACAAAACUCCCUCAAAACCUUAGUUAAAACCCUAGUCUCCAAAUCGGCCAGACCUGCCUUCAUCCCCGUCUUUCUUCGUUCCCCUUUUCACCCUCCGUUGUGCUCUGUUUUUGGUAAUAUUUGGACAUUUCAGCAUCGUUCCUCGGGGUAUAUUGAGCAGCCUGGUUUGUAAAAUAUGAGUUUAAUAUCUCAAAAUGUUGACCUAAAAAAUGAGGUCAAGAAGACCAAAAGAGGGGAGACCGGUGAACUUACUUAUCUGGAAGAAGAUGGAGGUGUAAAAGAAUCUGAGACUGAUAUGUUGAAAAUGAAAAAGAGAAAGAAAGAGAGCAAGAAGGAGCAGCUGCAAAUGGAACAAGCGAAGGAAAUGAAAACGCUAGAGAAUUUUUUAUUUGGAUCUCUCUAUGCCCCUAUCGAGUUCGGAAAGGGAGAUGACAGUCUGCAAACUAAGGCUUCCGAUUCAUUCUUCACUGACCGUUCUGCAAAUAGUGUGCUAUCUGCUUAUGAAGAUGCAGAUUAUUUAGAGGAAAGUGAUGAUGAUAGGGACCCUUCACAAAGAAAACCAGCUUGGGUAGAUGAAGAGGAGGAAUUAACUGCUGUAAACAUAGCCAAAGUAAAUAGAUUAAGAAAACUGAGAAAGGAAGAGGGUGAGAGCUUGAUUACCGGUUCUGAUUAUGUGUCAAGAUUGAGGGCACAACAUGCAAAACUCAACCCUGGAACCGACUGGGCAAAGCUUGGUUCAAGGUCAGAAGUAGAUAAAUCUUCUGAUGAUGAAUCAACAGAUGAAGAAAAUGAGGUUGUUAUGAGUCAGGGUUACAAGGAUGUUGAUGAUAUCCUUAGAACAAGUGAAGACCUGGUUGUGAAGAGCAGGUCAAAGUUGUUGCCAGGACAUUUGGAGUACUCAAGGCUCAUGGAUGCAAAUAUACACGAUCUCUCUAAUCGUCCCAUUAAUUCAGUUCAGUUCCAUAGAAAUGCCCAGCUGCUUCUUGCUGCAGGACUGGAUCAGAGGGUUAGAUUUUUUCAGAUUGAUGGCAAGCGCAAUACUAAAAUUCAAAGUAUCUUCCUUGAAGAUUGCCCAAUUCAUAAGGCGUCCUUCUUGCCUGAUGGAUCUCAGGUUAUUUUAUCUGGCAGAAGGAAGUUUUUUUACAGUUUUGAUUUAGUUAAGGCUGAAGUCGACAAAAUCGGCCCUCUGGUUGGUAGGGAGGAAAAGAGCUUGGAAGCUUUUGAGGUGUCCCCAGAUUCUCGUAUGAUAGCCUUUCUGGGUAACGAAGGCUAUAUUUUGUUGGUUUCAACUAAAACGAAGGAAUUAAUUGGUACUCUAAAGAUGAAUGGAACGCUUAAUGCCUUAACUUUUGCUGAAGAUGGACAGCAGUUGUUGAGCACUGGUGGUGAUGGCCACAUCUACCACUGGGAUCUUAGGACAAUGACUUGCAUGCACAAGGGAAUUGAUGAAGGUUGCAUAAAUGGUACAGCUAUUUGCACAUCGCCUGGAGGGGAACUUCUUGCAACUGGUUCAGGCGUAGGGGUUGUGAAUGUUUACAAUAGAGAAGAGUUCCUUGGCGGCAAGAGAAAACCCCUGAAGGCUAUUGACAAUUUGACUACCAAAGUGGAUUUCAUGAAGUUUAAUAACGAUUCUCAAAUACUAGCAAUCUGUUCGAGUAUGAAGAACAGCGGUUUAAAGUUGGUACAUAUCCCAUCUUACACAGUAUUCUCCAACUGGCCGCCUCCAAAUAAGAACCUGAACUAUCCUCGUGCUAUUGAUUUUAGCCCUGGUGGUGGUUUUAUGGCUGUGGGAAACACUGGAGGCAGAGUUUUGUUAUACAAGUUGCAUCACUACCAGCAUGCCUGAAGAGAACUUGAAAUAUUUUUCAUCUGAAACGUGUUGUAUCAGCAUCCGCUGGUGCUGAUGGCUAGUGCGUAAUCUGUCUUGUUGAGUUUAUUCAUCAAUAUCUGCGUUCUUUAGUUUCCAGAUUCCAAAUGGUAAACCAGAAUACAAGUCUUCUGGGCAAAAUUUUCUUCGGUUCUGUUGUAUUUCGCCAUACGCUGGAAACCCGCUGGCUCUGGUGGUUUUACUCGAGAAUAGGCCUUGUUGCUUGAGAUGUUUAUGAAAACUGCAAUCGUUUCUAGUUUCUUGGUGCGGAUAGUAAUGAUGACUGAGAAGAGUUUCAGGGAAAAUACGGAUGAACUGGUUAUUACAUGUCACUGAUGAGUUAUACACGCUGUAUUUAUAACCUAGGAUGCGUAGUCUUAAUUGCAGUAACGUGUUCACUGUUUUUUUUCAUAUUAAAUCUUGUCGUCUGAAAAUUA